AAAAGAAAAAAAAUGUAUGAAUUGAAAUAAUAUUAAUGCUGCCAUCUGUGAUAGAUAAUUUAAAAUAAAUUAAUAUUUUUGAUGUUUUCGCGCCAAAAUAGAUAGUACAUAUGUAAGUACUUAAGAACCACUUGUAGUCUGUAAUUAGCACGUUGUAUGUAAUCAUUAGUUGCAUAAUAUAAUACAAUUUUAAUAUUGUGAAUAAAUUUAAAAAAAAAUAUAGUUUUUAACUAAAUUUUAACAAUUAAUUGUAUUUUUAAAAAAAUAAUUUAUAAAAAGAACAAUAGCUAUUACGUUAUAAUUUUAUAUUUUUGUAAUAAAUGUUUACAUAAUAUAUAUCAAAUAAUAGAUAUUAAAUAUCAAACAUAAUAAAUAAGAAAUUAAAAUUUUAAUAAUGAAUAAAAAUUAUGAUUUGAAUAAUGAUAAUAAUGCAGACAAUAAUAAAUGUAAUGUACAACAUGAAUUUAAAGAAUCAGAGAAUGUUAAAAAAUCAGAAGACAUUACAAAAAAAGAGGAAAAUAAAUUUUUUAAUAUGAAAAAUUUCUCUAAUAAUGAUACAAACAAUACAUUUAAUAAAAUUUUGAUAGAAACAAAUAAUAAGCUUAAUAAUGAAAAUAAUGAAAUACAUAAUAAAACUAUAGAAGAAAAUAAGUUUGAUCAAAAAAAUAAUGAGUAUAAAAAUGAAAUUAAUAACUAUUCUGAUAAUGAAAUUAAUAUAGUGAAUAAAAUUGUAAAAAAAAAAAAUACAGAAUCUGAUCAACCAAAUAAUAAACAUGAAAACGAUAUUUAUAAUAGAUUAUCCAAGAUAAUAGAUAGUGAUUCAGAAGAAGAAAAUAUAUUUACUUUUAAUUCCAAUAAAAAUAAAUCUACUUAUAAUAAAUCAGAAGAUGAAAUGACUAGUUCUGAAUAUAACAAAAAUCAUUUAAUAGAUAAAAAUAAUACUAUAAAAUUGUUUGACAGUGAUACAAAUGAUAAUAUUUUUAAUAAAACUAAUAUUGAAGAAAUAACUUCAAAAAAAAUUUCAAACAAUAUAAAAAACAAAUUUCAAACUUUAAUAGAUUCAGAAUCAGAUGAAGAAAGAAAAGAUGAUGAAGAACUAUUAAAUCCAAUAAAACAUGAUAAAAAUAAAAAAUAUAAAGAAAAAUAUUCUAAAGUGAAAAAAGUUUCAUUAAGAGCUUCUAAAGAAGAAGCUAUGAAACAAAUACACAGUGAAACUCAACGUUUGAUUCGAGAAACAGAGAUUUCACUUCCAUAUCAUAAACCAAAACAACGAACAUUACAAGAAUUUUUAAAUAGAAAAAAAGUAAUAACAGCUCUUCCAAAAGCACCUACAAUGGCAGCUAAAUUAAAAAUGUCUUCUAUUAUUGUUGAUGAAGUUUUAAAAGAAAAAGAAAAAGAAGCAGAAAUAUUUUAUAAAUCCUCUGAUUCAGAAGACGAAACUAAAGAAAUCAAUAAAGAAAAUACAGAUAAAGAAAUGAGCAUAAAAUAUAUGCAAGACUUGAAGAAAAAUAAUGUUUCACGAAAGUUAUUUAUUGAUAAUAAUUUAUCUGUUCUAGAAAAUAAUAAAGAAAAAAAUGAUAUAACAAAAGAAAUUAGUGAAACAUUAACUGAAACAAAGGAAAUUGAACAUAACAAUACAAUUAUAAAUGAUACAACAAAAGAAAAUGGAACAAAUUUGGAAAUAGCAGAAAUACAUUGUGAAUUUAAUAAAAUAGAGAAUGAAAAUGUAAUGUCUAAAUUAAGUGAAACAACUAAAAAUGAAAAAGAUUAUUUGUUACAAACUGACUUGAAUCAAAAUAAAAAUAAAGAAAAAAACAUAUAUAUUGAUAAUAAUAAAUAUGAUUCAGAAAUUAUAAAUAAACAUUCAGAUAUUUCUACAUCAAAAAAUAAUGAUUAUGCAAAAAUUGUAAAACAAUCUUUAGGAAUAACGACAGAUGAAUCUGAUGAAUAUAACGAAUAUGGUUUGCCGCCGCCUAAAUUUGAUGAAUCACCAGAUAUUAUUAAAAAGAAAACUUUAUUAAAUAUAAAAGAUUUUGAACCUAAAUUAAGAGGUAUUCCAGGUACAGUGAUUGAUUUAUCAGAUAACAUUAAACCAAGUAAGAAAGGAAUAAAUGCUUUGAUAGAUCGAUUUAUAUGCAAACAUUCUAAAACCAAAGAACUUAUUAAUGAUAUUAAUGAUAUUAAACUUACAACAAUGCAAAUAAAAGAAACCUCAAAUGGAUUAUCAAUUAUUAAAGAAACACUUCCAUACAGAUUAUCAAAUAUAGCAAAUGAAGAUGCUAAAUUAGAAAAACCUGGAGCUAAGUUAAAACGUUUAAAAGAAGAAUUGAAACAGAAGAUGGUAUUAAAACGUAAUGAAGAAUGGAAACAAAAAGAAGAAGAAAUGAAGGAACAAGAAAUAGAAUGGAAUGAAUCCAUAAAUGAAGAAGAUAAUUUCAAUGAACCAUAUUCUCCAAGUAUAGAAUCUCACAGAACUGAAGAAGAUGAAUUAGAAGAAGAUGAUAUAUGUAUAAAAAAAGGAAAAGAGAAAAAAAAAAAUGUUUUUAUAGAUGAUGAAGCUGAAGUUAGUGAAAAUGAAAUAAACGAUAGUGAUGAAAUUGAAGAUGAAGAUGAAGAUGAAGUUCAAGAAAAUUCAGAAGAAGAUGAAGUAUAUGAAAAACUCAUUUCAGAAAAUGAAGAUGAAAAUAGUAUUUGUGAUAGCAAUGAAGCAUCUACAAAACAUAAGACAUUUAAGCGGAUUUUAGAAUCUUUAGAUGAUGAUUCAAAAUCUUCAAUCAUUGAAAAUAAUAAAAAUAUUGAAAAUCAGACUUCUUUUCCUCAAAUAACAUUAGAUAAUAAAAAUUUUAAAGAAAAUGAGUUAAGCGAUAAUGAAAAUGAUAUUCCAGUUUUUCAAAUACAUAUAAAAAAUGAUUCAGAAUAUCAGAAUCAAACACCUAAAAUUAAAAGCAAUACUUUAGAUUUUAUUUCUCCUAUAACGCAAUUAACUGCACUAAAUGCUCAUGUAGGAGAAGAAAACGAACUAAUAACCGAAGAAGCAGAAACUAGAAAUUUAUUUCAUCAAAUGCGAGAUUUUAAUAAACAAGCUACAUUACAAAGAAAAUUAUUUGUUAGUCAAGAUAAUGUAUUAGAUGAGGAUCUCAUGGAAAUAUGCUCAGGUAAAUUUCCAGAUGAUAAAUUUAUUUGUUCCAAAUUUGCAAAAGAAGCUAAUGUAAGUGAAACACAAUUAUUGGAAUUAUGUUCAGGAACUUUUAGUUCUCCAAAUGAUAAAGAACCAAAUGAUAAAGAAUUAGUUGACAUUAGAGAUGAGUUAUUUCAAAAUACAGAAGUAUCUAAUGAAAAAAACUGUUCACACUAUGAAACAGAUGAAAAAGAUAAACAGCAAUCGAAAGAACCUUGGAAUAAAUUUCGUAUCUUAUCUUCUGAUGAAGAAGAUUCAGUUGAAGAAGAAAUUAAUAAGAAAUCAAAAAAAAGAAUUAAAAAAUUAAAUUUAUCUGAUGAUGAAGAAGAUUCUUCUGCAAUAAGCAGUAAUGAUGAACAUGAUGAAAAGGAUGAUGAUGAAAAAUUUAUAGAUUAUGAUUCAGAAGAGAAUGAAAUAAUUAUUCCAAAAAAAGAUAUAAAACAAUAUGCAGCUAAAUUUUUAGAGGAAGAAGCAGAACUUAGUGAAAGUGAUUGCGAUGUAUCUGCAGAUGAAGAUGAACAGGAUUUAGAUAAAUUAGAAUUCGAAGAUGGAGAUAAUGAAGAAAUCGAUGAAACAAAAGUAAAAAAUCAAAUAGGGAAACUUCAUAUGAGACAAUUGUUGGAUGAAGAUCAGAGAGAAGUAAGAAUGCUCCAAGAAUUAUUAUUUGAGGAUGGAGAUUUGUUUAGUGAAAGCACACGAGAAAGGAAAUUUAAAUGGAGAAAUAUAGAUAAACAAGAUGAUAAUGAUAAUUCUCAACCAUUAGAAGAUAAAGAUGGUUGGGUAGAUUUAUCUGAUGAUGAAGACGAAGCAAAGUGGCGUAAAAUACGACACGAAAGAGAAAAAUUCUUAGCAGAAAAAAUGAAAAAUGUAGAUACUGAAAUUGAAGACGAAUUAAAUAGUAGUAAAAUUUUUAAAUUUGGCUUAAAAAUUUUGAAAAAAAGACGAAUUGAUGAAUCACAAAAACAAAAUACAUUAAUAGAAGCACUUGAUUCUGAACCGAAAUUGAAAAUACCCUAUAGUAUUACAGAAAUAUUAAAUACUUCAGAAUUGAAUCAAACAUCACGCAUGAUAUAUAAUGUUAUGCAAAAGCGUUCAUUCCUUGCUAAAGGAGAAGAAACAUUGACUCGUUUAGCUGCUUUGGCUAAACGAAAAGAAACACCACUCUCGACGAUAAACGCAAAAAAUUUUGUUUUUACGCAUGUUGAUGUAAAUACGGAAGAUGAGAAUGUUUAUCACAAAACAAACUCAACAAAAAGAAAUCAAAAAUAAAAUUAAUAAAAAGAAUUUUUAAGAAUAAUUAAUAUAUUGAUAUAGUUUAAUAGUAAAUUUAAAAUUUUUGUAUAUAUAUAUAAAAUUGAUAAAUAGAUGACAUAAAAAUUGUUAUAAGAAUUUCAAGUAUUAUAAAAAAAUUUUUUUUAUAAAUUUUAAGAAUGUGUUGUAUUAUAAAAAUUUUAUAAUAGUAUAUGUAUAUUUUUAUUCGUUUAUAUCGGAAUGUUUUUAUAUUUAUAUUUUACAAGAUAUAUUGUAAAAUCAAGAAUGUAAUACUUAUAUUUUUAUAUAUUAAAAAUUAAAACUUAUUGUAAUUUUGAAAAAAAAAAGAAAUAAA